UACUGGCCCUGAGUCCUGCCCCUCACUCCUGCCCUCCCAGUUUGUCCUUCACCUCUAUGGGGAUGAAGCCAUAAAUCUCCACACUCCCUGCACUUUUCUCAGUUAACUUUACCCCAGCUGGACCUUCAAUCCUUAACCCAUGGCAGAGAACAAGCCAUACCGCUAUGGGCUCAUCAUUCUGGGCAUGGCGUUAGUAGCGUUGGGUCUGUUCUUUAUGGAUGUAGAAGAGCCGCAGGUGUUUGCCACGUUCUGUUCCAUAGGAGUCCUAAUAAUGGGCUUGGGAGUAGUCUGGUCAGUGUGUCAGUGUUACCCCAGGGUGACAAUUAUAAUACCAGAAAAGGAAGAGCUCUGUGGGGCUGAAAUACAGGACUCAUGUGCAGGAAGAUCGGAUGAAAAAAGUCCAACAAAACCAAUAAGUGAUGAAGAACAAGAAGUAGAAAUAUCAGCAGAUCCACAACUCUAUGCAGAGAACAAACACAAUGAGCAUGUCAUUGUCAUCCACACAUCUCAAAGCUCUUCCAGCAUGCACCUGGCAUGCUCCAGCACCCCACUGCCAGAUAAAAGAACUGCAGAACCAGACUCUGACAAAGAGAUGUACUAUGGGAAAGUGGAGGACUCUUGUUACUAUACAGAGCUGGACAGUGAAUAAUUCAGUUUUAUUAUAUACAUAUGUGUAAAUCAACAUCCACAUUAUCUAACAAAGCAAAAUUGGCUAGACACCUUGUCAUUUAUAUAUAAGAUAGCUUUAGCUUCUAACAAAAUGUUCACAUGUGAAUGUAUAAGUUUUCAAUUUUGUGUGAACUGAUCCUUUAAUGAUAAACCAAUAUAAGAAAUCAUUCUAACAGAGGCAUGUUUAUGUCACAAGUUCUGGCCAUGACUUUGUCACAAGCAUGUGAUAAUUGCUCCUCUCUCAGGAAAAUAAGCUGCAAAGUUUAAACAUUAGGUGAUAAAAUCAAUAAAUUGGUGACCUUGACUCAUAUCACCAUGGAGAGGACGUUGAGAGAGGAACAAUCUGGAAUGAGGAGCUCUGAGGUAGCUCUGAAUAGUUCCUACAAAAAUGAAAAUGAUCUCAUCAUUUACUCACCCUCAUGCUAUCCCAGAUGUGUAUGACUUUAAAUCUUCUGCAGAACACAAAGAUGUUUAGAAGAAUAUCUCAGUUGGUCCUUACAAUGCAAGUGAAUAAUCUGAGUGGUGGUGGUGGCGUAGUGGGCUAAAACACAUGACUGUUAACUGUUAAUCAGAAGGUUGCUGGUUCGAUCCCCACAGCCACCACCAUUGUGUCCUUGAGCAAGGCACUUAACUCCAGGUUGCUCCGGGUGGAUUGUCCCUGUAAUAAGUGCUUUGAAUAAAAGCGUCUACCAAAUGCAUAAAUGUAAAUGUAAAUGAAUAAUGACUAAAGCUUUGAAGCUCCAAAAAGCAUAUAAAGGCAGCAUAAAAGCAGUCCACAUAACUC